UAAACCGGAAGGACGGUCGAGCGGUUCCUCCUGCACUUCCGUGUCUAUUAAUCCACUUGUUGAUGGAGGAGGAGUGAGACGAGAAGGAGCUCAAGUUAACUCUCACCAAUGGUGGAAAUGUUUAUCUAGAAACAUUUAAAGUAGCUGGUAGCUUGGCCGGUUGAGUUAGCGCCAUGUUAGGCUUGAGGGAAGCCGGUGUCAUCGGCGUCUCCGUGGCUCUGGCGGGGGGACUGGCCUAUGUCAUCUGGAACUACGCGUCCUUCUCCGGGGAAAAGAAGACCGACGAAACUCACCGAGCGGAAGACGGGGAGGGAGUGGAAGAAAAGAGGUUGGAGGAGAAGAGGGGAGAUGCCGAACAAACAGUCGUUGAUCCUCCUGUAGAGCCCGUUGUUGCCGCCGUGAGAGUGCAAAAAGCAUCCGAGCCCAGGCCAGUCAAGUCAGAGGGUACCCAGGUCCUGGUUCUGGGUCUAGAUGGAGCCGGCAAGUCCAGCCUGCUGCACUGUUUGGCCAUCGGCAGCCUAGACGUGGACGUGGAGCCAACGUGCGGCUUUAACGCCGUGUCCAUUAACAGAGAAGACCUGCAUGUUGAGUUCCUGGAGAUUGGCGGUAACGUGGCACUGAGGCCCUACUGGCAGAGAUACAUGUCCAAGGCUCUGCUGCUAGUGUUCGUGGUGGACUCAUCCGCCACGCAGCUCUUCACCGUCGUCAAGCCGCUGCUGCACGGGCUGCUGAGCUCCGACCCCAGCCUGCCGCUGAUGGUGCUGGCCAACAAGCAGGACCUUCCGGGCGCUUGCAGCAUCACUGACCUCCACGACGCUUUGGAGCUUUCCCACGUUGGAGACCGUAAGAUGUUCCUCAUCGGCACCUGUGUGAAGAAAGGGGAGGCGGAGCUUAGCUCAGGCGUUCAGGACGCUCGAGAUCUCAUCAUCCAGAUGGCUGGCGGCAAAUAACAGUUGCUAAUUCUGUUUAUACAAAAGAAAAUACCUGAAAACCCGCUGGUGAUUGUUAUGAAUCAGGAAUGUUUUUGCGUCCUCAUUGGGCCUUUUCACUGUGUUCUCACUACACCAAACAAACAUUUUAAUACAGUGGGGCGAAAAAGUGUUUGCCCCCUUCCUGAUUUAGUAUUUUUUGUUUGUCACACUAAAAUGUUUCAGAUCAUCAAACAAAUGUAAAUAUUAGUCAAUUACAACACAAAUGAACACAAAAUGCAUUUUCUAAAUGAAACUUUUUAUUAUUAAGGGAGAAAAGAAAUCCAAACCUACAUGUCCCUGUGUGAAAAAGUGAUUGCCCCCUAAACCUAAUAACUGGUUGGGCCACCCUUAGUAGCAACAACUGCAAUCAAGUGUUUGUGAUAACUUGCAAUGAGUCUCUUACAGCGCUGUGGAGGAAUUUUGGCCCACUCAUCUUUGCAGAAUUGUUGUAACUCAGCCACAUUGGAGGUUUUUCCAACAUGAAGCACCUUUUUAAGGUCAUACCACAGCAUCUCAAUAGGAUACAGUCAGGACUUUGACUAGGCCACUCCAUUGUCUUCAUUUUGUUUUCUUCAGCCAUUCAGUGGUGGACUUGCUGGUGUGUUGGUGAACCCAAGUUGGUUUCAGCUUGAGGUCACAACAGAUGGCUGGACAUUCUCCUUCAGGAUGUUUUGGUAGACAGCAGAAUUCAUGGUUGCAUUUAUCACAGCAGGUCUUUCAGGUCCUGAAGCAGCAAAACAUCCCCAGACCAUCAUCACACUACCACCACCAUAUUUUACUGUUGGUAUGAUAUUCUUUUUCUGAAAUGCGGCAUUACUUUUACACCAGAUGUAAUGGGACACACACACCUUCCAAAAAGUUAAAAUUUUUGUCUCAUCUUCCCAAAGGUCUUGGGGAUCAUCAAGAUGUUCUCAGGCAAAAUUGAGACGAGCCUUAAUGUUCUUUUUGUUCAGCAGUGGUUUUCAUCUUGGAACUCGGCCAUUUUUGCCCAGUGUCUUUCUUAUGGUGAAGUCAUGAACACUGACCUUAACUGAGGCGAGUGAGGCCUGCAGUUCUUUGGACGUUGUUGUGGGGUCUUUUGUGACCUCUUGGAUGAGUUGUCGCUGCGCUCUUGGGGUCAAUUUGGUUGGCUGGCCACUCCUGGGAAGGUUCCAUAUUUUCGCCAUUUGUAGAUAAUGGCUCUCACUGUGGUUCGCUGGAGUCCCAAAGCUUUAGAAAUGGCUUUGUAACCUUUUCCACACUGAUAGAUCUCAAAUCAUUUCAGUUAAGUUAUGUUUUAACGGAGGGCAAUCACUUUUUCAGGGCCAUGUAGGUUUGGAUUUUUUUUCUCCCUUAACAAUAAAACGUUACAUUUAAAAACUGCAUUUUGUGUUCAUUAGUGUUGUCAUUGACUAAUAUUUAAAUCUGUUUGAGAUGUGAAACAAAAAGAAAUCAGGAAGGGGGCAAACACUGUUUCACACCCCUGUAUUAGUGCUUGAAAAAGACAUUUUUUGUUUGGAUUGCGUGACAGACUUGUUGCUACAUGGGGUUCCUCCCCCCCCAUGUUAUAUUGCAUCUCAUGCUAUGAUAUACUGUAUAAGAAUGUUAAAGUACACAUAAUUGGACAGUCGCAUACAAAUAGGAACCUGCAGUGUAAAGCAAGCCUUUGUUAAUCCCUUUAAUGUUAAGUGUUUAAAUACGAGGUUUUAUUUUUCUACCAAAAAGUUUAAAUGUAACCAAAGAUUUUGUUUUCUUUACCCAGUAACAGAUUCACUUUUUCAUUAAACUCCUCAUGCAUCCAAGUCAAAGAAAUUCUGUAUAAAAGGGGAAGUGUAUCUCACACUUUUCCCUGGCAGAGUAAAUCUGUUGAGCACGUGAGGGCAUUUAGAUCUACAAUUCUAUCUGCCUUAAAGGCUGGACAGGACAGGGGAAAAAACUCGUGCUAUAUUACGACUUUAUUCUGUAGCAUUAUGACUUUUUGUCUCGGGCUCUGGCUUUCGUGUUCCCGUAGUACUCAUUUGAACCACUAGGAGUCGCCAAAGUUGAAGAAAAGGGAGAAAGCGUAUCAGUACACCAAAAACCAAAACUUAGUGAAUGUAUUUUUGCAUCAGUUCCAAACAUUUCUUCACAUAAAUAAAGGUCUAUAUAUUUUGCACUUUGUCUUGAAUUUGGCCGCCUAAUCUUUUUAGGCCAUUAAGGUCAGUUGAAAUUGUUUGACGUCACCUGUUGUUUUAGUACUUUGCUGUGCGCAGGAUUACUGCAAAUGUAAACAGUUUCAGCGCUUUUCUAAUAACAGGUGAAUAAAA